AUGUCGGUCGAAGAACGUCUCCAACGACUUGUUCAACCUCUGCCUCCCUGUCCCCCUCCCCCGAUUCAAGAGCAGCCUGCGAUUCAGUACUCGGCGCCGAGCAAGUUGGCGCUGAUCACUGCGUCAAAGCCGGUCUUGUCUCCCUCACCCUCGCCCGCAGCCUCUGCUCCUUCGGCAAGUCACAUUCCCCGCCUCGCCACCGACGAGGACAAUCGUCCUUCUCACAGGGCACACGACGAGCGGAGCAGUGUGCAGCUCCCCUGGCCUCAGUGUCAAGGGAACUGUCCCCGCUCCCCCUCCGGUCAAGCCUGCAGGGAUCUAAACUGUGCGUUGAAGUCUCCUCACACGCCGCGCAUCAACUACCCCGCAAGUCCUUGUCCAUCACCCGCCCUUCCUCAAAAGGUAACCCUCUCGCCUCCCUCCAACUCAGACCAUUCCACCUCUCUCUUCUCGACUUCUCCAUCCCCCUCAUCCCCUCCCAACACAUUGCUCCAGCCGCCCUCUGUCAACAUCACCCCAUUCGCUGCACUCGAGCACGCCGCUGUCGCGUCUCCCGAGGCGAGCUUCAGCACGACCAUCCCCGCCAGCGGCGAGAGUACCCGUGAGCGAAUCGACUUUCGGGUCCAUCAAUCCCCCUCGCAGCACCUCACCCCCUGCUCCACGCCAGAGGUGAGGAGUCAAGAGGCCGAUUGCGGAUACGCCGACGUCGAGGCGGAGUUGGACGCUAUCAUUCAUCGGGCGUCGCCACCUCGCUCCUCUUCCAAUCCCAUGGCGAGGGGUCGUCCCGACACCCCCACCCCCAUCAGCAACAUGGCCUACCACACGCUUCCAAGGGCCAAGACACAGUUCAGGGAGGACCCGGAUAUCUUCGCCCCGCUGCAGUAUGAUACGACGUACUCGUCCCGUCCUGAGCCGUCUGUGGAUUCGGAGCUGUUGAGCGAGCUCGUGACGGACACUACUGGCGAACGAGCUGCUCGACGCGAAAAGCGACGCAUGGAGAAGCAAGAGAAGCAGCGGGAGCAGGAGAGUGAGAAGAUGGAGAAGAUGGAGAAGGCAAGGGCCUCUCGGGGCCCACCGACCCAUGCCAUCCUGUACGACGAAGAGGAGAGGAACUGUGGUCGUGUCCCACUCGUCUUUUCCCUCGUCGGAGGCGUGUCGUUGCCUGAUGGUAGUGUUGGGCCCGCACUGGUCGCCCAGCCCCAAAUCCAGGCUAAGCCCAAGCCAGCUGUCGUGCACUCGACUCCUAAAGACCGCCAGUCCGACACUCGUGCCCAGUCCCUCCGCACGCAUCACAUGAAGGCGAAGAUGCCCCCGUCCUACACCGGGCAGAACUCGCGGCCCUCGUCGCGCGAGUCCGGCCCUACCUCCGAGACUCACGGGACAUAUGUCACUGCCCGCGGCAUCAGUCCAGCUGAGCGCGCUCAGACAUCUCAGCGUCCCCUGCCUCGCCUGCCUGGUGCGCCUCCCCCCGCCACAGCAACGGGUUAUGACGGUCGCUACCCGCCUCUCCCAGCCCAGCCUACCCAGACCGCUCGACAGACCUCAGUCACGUUCGCCCCGCCCCCCCAGCCAAGCGUGCAGAACACGUACACCGUCCCCGCCACCCCAAUCACGAACAACAAGCCGACGCUCGACGCCCUGAUCGCGGCACAGAUCGCGACUCCCCACCCCAUCCCUGGAAUCCACCACUCAGUGCCCCAGAGGGACAACGUAUGGGACGACCUGUUUGCGACUGCCUUGUACGGGCUCGCUUAUUCCUCCUUGUCUCGUAAUGAAAAGAAAGAGGUGCAGCGCACGAAGAUUGUGCGCGGCGCGCAGAUCUCGGCCUCCGGGUCCAAAGGAUUGGCUAAGAUCAAGGCGGGCGAGGUGAAGAUUGGAGCCAAGGUCGUGGGCCGGAGCGUGGCGCAAAAAAUGGGCCGCAUGAAGCCCGACAGGGCGUAUACCCAGCAAGACUACGAGUUUGACGCUGUUGGGAAUAUGUAUGCCCGGUAUGCGGAUGAGCCGGAUGAGAGCUGGAGGGGCCAGGCGGAGGUCAGGCCUGCUGUUCCCCCUAAGACGGAGAGGGUGGAGAGGGAGAGGCCCGUGUCGAGGCCGGCGUCGAGGGCUUCGACGUCGGGCAGGUCGGAGCACAGCGCGAGGACUGUUGCGCCGAACCCGAAUGGGACGAAUGGGAGGAGGUACCUCGAAGGCGAGGUUUGA